GUUAACUGGGAUGUUGAAGAAGAAGAGGAGGCGGAACAAUCCAGUGAAUUCCCAGGGUACAGCUUGGAGCCUGCAGGGUGGCUGCGUAUCUUCAGUGGUGCCCAUGGACCAGAAAAAGAGACAGAGUCUCACCGUACGGCCCUCGGGUAGAGUGCCAUGGCCUCACACAUCUCACAGCAACCUCCAACUCCUGGGCUUACACGAUUCUCUUGCCUCAGCCUCCCGAGUAGCUGGGACUACAGGCGCCCACCACAAUGCCCGGCUAUUUUUUGGUUGCAGUUUGGCUGGGGCCGGGCCUGAACCCACCACCCUCGGCAUAUGGGGCCGGCGCCCCACCGACUGAGCCACAGGUGCCACCUGGGCCUUUUAUUUUUAUAAUGCAUCUGGGGGCCUUGAAUGAGUAGUGGGUACCUGACAGGGCCAUUUUCCUAAUGACAGGCCAGGACUCUGGCCUUGGAACCUGUCUACCUCUCUAAUUUUUAGAUUUCCCACUACACCUCGGGAAGAAUGUGGUAGGCCGAAUGCCUGACUGCUCUGUAGCCCUGCCUUUUCCAUCCAUCUCCAAACAACAUGCAGUGAUUGAAAUCUUGGCCUGGAACAAGGCCCCUGUUCUCCGAGAUUGUGGAAGCCUCAAUGGUACCCAAAUCCUAAGGCCUCCUAAGGUUCUGAGCCCUGGGGUAAGUCAUCGACUGAGGGACCAGGAAUUGAUUCUCUUUGCUGACUUGCCCUGCCAGUACCAUCGCCUAGAUGUCCCCCUGCCCUUUGUCUCUCGGGGUCCUCUAACUGUAGAGGAGACACCCAGGGCACAGGAAGGAAAUCAACUCCAGAGACUUCCAUUGGCUGAGGACUCAGAAGAAGAAAUUGAUUCUCUUUCUGAAACGGAUAUGAUGAAAGAAUCAAGAACCACAUCCUCUCCUUUGUCAAUGGUAGUUCCAGACAGUGAUGAAGAGGGGCCUUCCCUUUCCCCAUGUGACCAUGGGCCACCUUUUGUCUUCAGCUUAGACAGUGACACAGAUGAGGAGGAAGGUCAACAACAAGUAACAGGGGAAGUUUCCUUCACUGCCAGAAGAGGUGCUACUGCAGAAGCAGAGCAGCCUGCAGCUGAUGGAGUUACAACCCAAAUCCAGCUUGAAAAGGAUCAUCCUUCAGUGAAAGAGAGAAACAAUGACACAAAAAUUGAAAGGGAUGCAGGAAAUGGAGUGGUUCCAGUGAUUCUGAAGAGGAGCCAACCUUCUGGGGAGGACAGUGAUACAGAUGUGGAAGAUGAGAGCAGACCUCAUGGAAGGCCAGCUGAGGUCCAUUUGGAAAGGGCCCAGCCUUGUGGCAUUAUUGACAGUGAUACUGAUGUGGAAGAAGAGGGAAUCCUGGCAACCCCAGCUCUAUUUCCUGUGAAGAAGAGGCAAAUGUUCCAUGGAGUUGGCACAAGGGGUGCUAGAGCACCUGAAUUGGCACAUCUGCAGGAGAGCCAGGCUGGCAGUGAUACAGAUGUAGAGAAAAGUGAGGCUCCACAGGCCAUCCCACUGGAGAAAAGCCAGGCCUCCAUGGUGAUCAACAGUGAUACAGAUGAUGAGGAAGAAGUCUCAGCAGCACUCACUUUAGCACGUCUGAAAGAGAGCCAAGCUAUUAUAUGGAACAGAGAUACAGAUGUGGAAGAUAACGGGGCCCAACCUGUGAUCUUUGUGGAGCAAAGCCGAACCUCCAGUGGAAGAGACAGUGACACAGAUGUAGAAGAGGAAGGGCUCCCAGUGGAAAAGAGAGAAACCAUCCCUGAGGGUCACACAGAAAAAGAUGGAGCCCAUGUCAUAGCACAUUCAGAAGAAAACCAACUUCCUCUUGGGGAUAGUGAUACAGAUGUAGAAGCUGAUAAGAUCUCACUUGGGAUCCACCUGGAGAGAAGCCAAGCCUCCAGCUCAGUGGAUAUCAACACAGAAGUGGAGGAGGAAGGCCCAUCAGGGCCAUACGUUGUACAUCUAGAGAAGCAUCAGGUGUCUGUGGAGGGGAUAUAUGAAACAGAUGUGGAAACAGAGAGGUGGGCAGCAAAGCUGCCCAUGGUACCUCUAGAGGAAGCCCAGCCUCCUCUGAAUGAGGCCUAUGAAACAGAUGCAGAGGAAGGCACAUCCUUAGCAGGCUCAGCAGUGGCAGAUGUAAGAAAGAGCCAGCUUCCAGUAGAAGGGGAUGCUGGGACGGAGUGGGCUGCAGUUGUUCCUGAGUGGGAAAGAGCUCUUGAAGUGGGGACCCAGGGUGGGUCACCUGUGGCACAAGUGGAGCAGGACCUUAUCCCUAUCUCAAGGGAGAACCUCACAGAUCUGGUGGUGGACACCGACACUCCAAAGGAACCCACCCAGCCCUACAGAGAAGGACCCCGGACUCCCACAGGAAGAGAGAGAGAACGACACAUGGGGAUAGCCAAGGACUUUGAAGACAACCAUGAUGAUUCUGAAGAUCUGGACCUACAGGCUACUCAGUGCUUUGUGGAGAGAGAGAAUCAGAGCCUGGAAGUCCAGAGCAUGGAAGAUGAACCCACACAGGCCUUCCUGUUUAUUCCACCCCAAGAGCCUGACCCUUCCUGUUGCAGCUUCCAGGCCUCAGAUGAGCCAUGGGAGGUCCUGGCUACACAGCCAUUCUGUCUGAGAGAAUCUGAAGCCUCUGAUAUCCAGCCCAUUGCCAGUCACCUUAAGGCUCAUGGAUCUUGCCUGUCUUCACUUAGGACAACACCACAAGACCAACAUCCGAAGAGCUCAGAUCACACAGAGCCUUUGGAGAUUCAUGACAAUGGAAUGCAGAUUGUGGAUAAAGACAUGAGUAUACCAAAAGAAACUGCAGAGAGGGUGACCAUUGAGAGAGGGCCAUUGAAGCGGAAAACCAAGAAACUGCCACCAAGAGGAGAAAGAGAUGUAACAAGAGAUGAAGAAUCAACCAGAGGGAUACAGGGCAGAGAACAAAAAUUGUUAGCUAGAGACGCUCAGAGACAAGAGUUUGACAAAAAAAAGAAAAGUACAAGUCCUGAAAGGGAUAAGGAGAGUUUGAAGGUAGAAACUGAGACAUCCAAGAAAAUACAAGAGAAAGAAAUAGAGAAACAGACCCUCACAAGAGAAACAUUUGAGAGAGAAGUAGAGCAACCAAUACCAGAAGGAGAGUGUGAGCCAAACGAAUCGGAAGUAAGGGUACUCACAAUGAUGCUGGGGAGAGGCACACAGAGAAGGGGGCCAGAGAGGGGGAGCCAGGGCCAGAAAGGGCAGGCCUCCUGCCCACCAGCAGAGCCUGGAAUGGGAGCAGGGGAUCUUCAGAGGCCUGCUUCAGCCUCAGCCCCAGUAGCUUCUGGGAGCCAGUCAAGUGGAGGAAGGGGAGUCCAAGUGAGCCUCAGGAGGCAGCAGAGAGGCCACCUGAAUUGCAAGAUGCCACCUACUGAGAAGACUUCCUCGGGUGAUCAGGAAUCCCGAGAUGCUUGUCUGCCUCCUGCAGAGACUGAAGCCUUAGCUCCACCCCAAGGCUCCCUUGUCUCUCAGACCCAAAAACAUCUUGCACCUCAGUCCCUUUUUUCUCCUUUUCUACCUUCUCUUGAGCCAUUCAUUCCUAAAACCAGGCAAAAGGAGAGUCAGGAGGCUCCAGAGACCCCCUUGUCCUCAGAGGUGGAACCUUUCCACCCAAAGCCUAAAGUCAGAUCUCGGGGUUUGUCCAGGAUGACACGCUCUCCAGUUUCCUCUACUCCCCCUGAGCCCUACCCUACCACCCCCACAGAUCAGCCUGUCACCCUGGAGCCCACAUCUCGGGCCACUCGGAGCAGGACAAAUAGGUCCGCUGUCAAGAACCCUGACCCAGUUGUUCCUUCAGCCUCUGAGCUCCAAUCUUCCACUUUUACAUCCCAGCCUGUCACCACAAAGCCCAUAACUCGGGCCACUGGGGGCAGGACAAAUACAUCUUCUGUUAAAAUGCCUGACCCAAUUGUUCCCACAGUCCCUGAGCUUCACCCUUCUUCUUCCACAGACCAGGCUGUCAACCCCAAGUCCAUAUCUUGUGCCACUUGGGGCAAGACAAAUAGAUCCUCUGUCAAGACUUCUGAACCAAUUAUCCCCACAGCUCCUGAGCUCCAGCAUUCCACUUCCACGGACCAGUCUGUCACCCCAAAGCACACAUCUCGGGUCACUCGGGGCAAGGCAAAUAGGUCCUCUGUCAAGACUCCUGAACCAAUUGUCCACACAGCCCCUGAGCUCCAGCCUUCCACUUCCAUAGACCAACCUGUCACCCCAAAGCCCACAUCUCGGGCCACUCGGGGCAGCACAAAUAGGUCCUCUGUCAAUACUCCUAAAUCAGUUGUCCCCAUAGUCCCUGAGCUCCAGCCUAUCACUUCCACAACCCAGCUUGUCACCUCAAAGCCCACAUCUCAGGUCAUUAGGGGCAAAACAAAUAGAUUUUCUGUUAACAUUCCAGAACCAUUUGUCCCCACAUCUCCCGAGGUCCAGCCUUCUACCUCCACAGAACAGCCUAUCAACCCAAAGCCCACAUUUCAGGCCACUCAGAGCAGGACAAAUAGGUCCUCUGUCAAGACCCCUGAACCAGUUGUCUCCACAGCAUCUGAGCUCCAGUCUUCCACUUCCACAGACCAACCUGUCACCCCAAAGCAUACAUCUCGGGUCACUCGGAGCAGGGCAAAUAGAUCAUCUGUCAAGUACUCUGACCCAAUUGUCCCCAUAGUCCCUGAGCUCCAGACUUCCAUUACCACAGACCAGCCUGUCAACCUCGAGCACAUACCUCAGACCACUCGAGGCAGAACAAAUAAGUCUUCUGUCAAGACUCCUGAACCAAUUGUCCCCACACCCCCUGAGCUCCAACCUUCCACUUCCACAGCCCAGCCUGUCAACCCCAAGCACAUAUCAAGAACCACUCGGGGCAAGACAAAUAGGUCCUCUGUCAAGACUCCUGAACCAAUUGUCCCCACACCCCCUGAGCUCCAACCUUCCACUUCCACAGCCCAGCCUAUCACCCCAAAGCCCACAUCUCAGGCUACUCGAGGCAGAACAAAUACAUUCUCUGUUAAGACCCCUGAAUCAGUUGAACCCACAACUUGUGAUCUUGAGCCUCCCACUCCCACAGACCAACCUGUCACCCCCAAGGUCAUAGUUGAGGGUAGUCAAAGCAGGACACUAAGAUCUUCUACAAUAAGUGCUUUGCCUUUUCUUACCACCCCUGAAUUUCAGCCUUCUGUCACCACAGGCCAGCCUGUUCCCCCUGAGCCUGUUCCUCAAGCCAGUUGCAGAAGACAGAGAGCUGCUGGGAAGCAUGGCUCCCUCACAUCUCCCAUUGUCUAUAAACCUUGCUCUACAUCCCCUGAACCUAAAUCCCAAUCCUCAGGGAACCAAAGGUGGGGAGCAGUGAGGGCAGCUGAGUCCCUUACAACCAUUCCUGAGCCUGCAUUUCCACAGCUGCUUGAGGUACCCCAGAUCCAAGAGGUGGAACCAACAGAUAGAUCUGGGUUCACCCCUGAGCCCCAGCUUAAGGUCUCUCAGAGCCGCAAAAGGGCUUUAGCCUCUUCACCCCCACUUCCAAAACGGCCCCAAAGAGGGGAAGUCACCCAGAAGACAGCGUUUCUCAAGGAAGAGGCAGAAGGCACCACAGAGAAGCCAGGAAAGGAAGAGGAUGUGAUUCCAGCACCAGGCAAGAGAAAGAGACACCAGGCAGAGGAGGAUCCCAAGGAAAUACCAAGCCGCAGCCUCAGACGGACUAAACCUAACCAAGAAUCAACAGCCCCCAAAGUGCUCUUCACAGGAGUGGUGGAUGCUCGGGGAGAGCGGGCCGUGCUGGCACUGGGGGGAAGUCUGGCCAGCUCAGUGGCAGAAGCUUCUCAUCUGGUCACUGAUCGAAUCCGCCGGACAGUCAAAUUCCUGUGUGCCUUGGGGCGGGGGAUCCCCAUCCUUUCACUGGACUGGCUGCAUCAGUCCCGCAAGGCUGGUUGCUUCUUGACCCCAGAUGAAUAUCUAGUGGCUGAUCUUGAGCAGGAGAAGAACUUUGGGUUCAGCCUUCAAGAUGCUCUGAGCCGUUCUCGGGAGCGAAGGCUGCUGGAGGGCUAUGAGAUUCAUGUGACCCCUGGAGUCCAGCCACCCCCACCUCAGAUGGGAGAGAUCAUCAGCUGCUGUGGAGGCACUUUCCUCCCCAGCAUGCCCCGGUCCUAUAAGCCUAAAAGAGUUGUGAUCACAUGCCCCCAGGACUUCCCUCGUUGCUCCAUUCCUUUGAGGGUUGGGCUGCCCCUCCUCUCACCUGAAUUCCUGCUGACAGGUGUGCUGAAGCAGGAAGCCAAGCCAGAGGCCUUUGUCCUUUCUACUUUGGAAAUGUCAUCCACCUGAAAACUCCAGUACUUUUUCCUCUCCAACAAAUAAAGUAUUAGAAAAUAUUUGCAAGAAUGAACUCAGGGCUUUAGAAAAGAUUGGGGUAUACUGAUAUGAUUCUAAGGAACAUGGGUGGGACCAGAAAGGUUUAUGGAUAAACAGAAAGAGAGAGAUUGGGAGGC